CACAUUGAUGCAAAGUCGAGAACGAGUGGUGGUCUUAGUAAACGCGAUUCUACUUCAGAUUCAAAGAGAAUUGCGAGACCAUGUCGUCAAUGCGGCUGCGUCAGAAUUGCUUGGAAAGCAGGUUGUUCCUGUAAAAAGUAGUGGACCUCCUGGCGGCGUCGCAGCUGGAGGCGCAAAUCUCUCAAGUUCGCCUUCUGUUUCUGGUGAGGAACAAAACGCGAAGAGCGAUCUUCCUGGUCCACAAGACAAGGGUCAAGAACGACAUCAAGACAAGGACGCAAUAAAACCAAAAGAGGACGCAGAUGGUACUGGAGGUUCUGGCUCUGAUCAUGAAGAUGACGAUGAAAAUGAAUAUCUGUCGGACAUAACCGAACCAGACGUAAUGGAGUCGACACUUUCAUUAGCACGAACAUUCGC